UCAUUGGAGUAUAAAAGUCAACUACAAACUCUACGCUACAUCAAUCCACAUUCUAUUAUAUUAGCAAACCAGAAAAUCCCAACCUCCUGCUCACACCCAAGCCAUGAAACCCACAUUCUUCCUCCUCUUCUUCUUCCUUCUCUCCUCUAUUUCCUUCUCCCACGCCAACACAGCCUACCCUUCUAUUCCCGGCACCACCUCUGUAGAAUAUGGCGCCGACACCGACGCUCUGAUUCCUCCUCGCCGCGAAGUGUAUGGCAAUGGCCGAAUCUUCGACGUCAGCCACCGCUACAGCACCAACAUGCCCGCCUUUGAGACCAACGACGGGGUUGGAGAGUUCCUGUGGCUACCCAAUAGCAUGAAGAACGGCUCCCUCGCCAACAACUCUGAGUUUAAGCUGCCCACUCACACUGGUACCCAUGUCGAUGCCCCUGGCCACGUCUUCGAUCACUACUUCGAUGCCGGCUUCGACGUCGAUACGCUUGACUUGGAAGUGCUUAAUGGUCCGGCAUUGUUAGUUGACGUUCCGAGGGAUAAGAACAUAACUGCUGAAGUUAUGAAGUCCUUACAUAUUCCCAAGGGGGUACGUCGUGUGCUGUUUAGAACCUUAAACACAGACAGACGGCUUAUGUUCCAAAAGGAGUUUGACAGCAGCUAUGUGGGAUUUAUGAAGGAUGGAGCACAGUGGUUGGUGGACAACACUGACAUUAAACUUGUUGGAAUUGAUUACUUAUCCGUUGCUGCAUAUGAUGAUUUGAUUCCGUCCCACCUUGUUUUUCUAGAAGGAAGGGAAAUCAUUCUUGUUGAAGCGUUAAAACUUGAUGACAUCCAACCAGGGAUAUAUUCUGUCCACUGCUUACCUUUGAGGUUGCCGGGUGCUGAAGGAUCGCCAAUAAGAUGCAUUCUUAUCAAAUGAGGCAUCUGCUUUGUGUUUUUAUCUUUGAAUCGAUGAUCGCCCCAGGAAAAGUAGCAUAUAAUAAAGAAGCAAUGCCAAGUUUGAAGAUGAACAUGGAUCGUGCUUGCAAGGACUGGGAUAGAGAUGCAAUACUACCAUGUUCUAGUGGCCCUACCGUUACCUGUUAAACAUACAAUAUCCAAUGCUUCUUUUGUUUAUUCAGUAUCCAACACAUGAGUUGGUCUAAGAACGUAUAGAGGAGAGGGUGAGAAAUUACUUGAGAAAAAGUUUCUGUUGUUUGUCAAAUGGGAAUUAAAACUGCUUAGUAUUUUGGACCUCAA